UCUUGCUUUGUUGUGGCAUUCUAAUCGGCGAUUGAUUUUAUUUUUCCACCAAUGGUGUUAUUCUAAUUCAAUUAGCUGGAUCAAUUGCUGCGAUGACAUAUCUAACGAUGAUCCUAAAUGGCCUAAUAUCGGCGGGAGCUUAUAUUAUGGCCAUACGCAUAAUACCGCGGUUCCGAGAAAUGUUUAUCAAGGCAAACCUUUUUGGGAAAGAUUUGUGCAAGCGGGACCAAAACAAAAUUCCUGAGUCAUUGGGAGUCUUAGUGGGUUGUGUCUUUUUGGUGGCAAUGUUUUUGUUUAUACCUGUGCCUUUUACGCUGGAGGAAGCUGCUGCCAUGGACGCUAAGACUGGGAGUAAGCCGGUGACGUUUCCACAUGAGGAGUUUGUGGAGCUGAUUGUCGCUCUGCUGUCAAUUUGUUGCAUGAUUCUGUUGGGCUUUGCUGAUGAUGUGCUAGACCUGAGGUGGCGCCACAAACUUUUACUUCCGACUAUAGCCACCUUGCCCCUACUAAUGGUAUAUUAUGUGAAUUAUAACUCGACAACCAUAAUUAUGCCUAGAUUCGUAAGAGGAUUAGUUGGAUACUCAUUAGAUAUUGGAAUUCUUUAUUACAUUUAUAUGGGAAUGCUGGCAGUUUUUUGCACAAAUGCAAUUAACAUUUUGGCUGGUAUUAAUGGUUUGGAAGUCGGCCAAUCUUUAGUUAUUGCCGCUUCUAUACUUAUUUUCAAUGCCGUUGAAUUAUGCCUAGGCCAUCAAGUUGCCGGGCACAAGUUUAGCAUUUAUUUGAUGUUGCCUUUCUUCGCGGUAACGUUGGCUCUUUGGAAGUAUAACAAAUAUCCAUCACAAGUUUUUGUGGGUGAUACGUUUUGCUAUUUUGCCGGUAUGACAUUUGCCGUUGUUGGCAUUUUGGGUCAUUUCAGUAAAACACUUAUUCUCUUUUUCCUACCACAAAUUAUAAAUUUCCUAUACUCAAUACCUCAACUCUUUAAAUUUGUGCCCUGUCCAAGGCAUCGUCUACCCAAAUAUGAUGCACAGACAGAUCUGCUGCACAUAAGUACAACUGAGUUUCACAAAAAUGAACUCAAUAUUUUGGGUAAGAUAAUGGUAACUAUACUGAAAACGCUGAAAUUGAUCACGUGGCAAGAGCUAGCCGACGGACGAGUUAUAACGAACAAUUUUACACUGAUCAAUUUCGUUUUGGUCAUCUUUGGUCCAGUGCACGAAAAGGUUGUAACACAAAUGCUUAUGUCCAUCCAGGUGGCAUGUUCGAUUGUGGCAUUCAUGAUACGUUAUCCUUUGGCCAACUUCUUUUAUGAUACGUAGUUGGAAAUGGAGUAACGUGGUCUUACUGAUGCAAUAAAACCCAAGGAAGACGACCAACUAACAACAAUUCCACGUCGACAUUUUAUUUGACUAAACCAAAAAACUAAGCCUAUUUUUAUGUUAACUUUUAGUUAUUAAAGUAUGGAAAUUUUGUAUAGAAACAAGAUUCUGUUAUUACCAAUACAUUUGAAAAAAAGUUCAAAAACAAAUAUGUUUUUUAAAAAUUUCUAGCACUGUAUGGGCACAUUGUCUUUCAAAAUAGUCGUCGGUUUAAAUAAACCCCUGUUGAUGUA